GUUCUUGGGGUUUCUAGAUUUAUCAUGUUCGAUACAGUUGCAGAGUGUAAAGUUCGAGAAGCUCUGGAAUUCUCUUCCCCAUCCUAUAAACUCAUGCUCCGAUUCUUCGCUAAUUCUCAGAAUUCCAGGAAAAACUCGUAGGAUUUGCAGUCUGAAGCAGUUUUCUCAGCAACCAAACAGCGUUCCCUGUUCGAAUUAGCCAGGAAAUACAUCGAAAAUGUCGCUGAUCCCGAGCUUCUUCGGUAACAGAAGCAGCAGAAUCUUCGACCCUUUCUCUCUGGAUAUGUGGGAUCCGUUGAAGGAUUUUCCGUUCCCGUCGUCGUCCCUUUCCCGAGAAAACUCGGCGAUAGCGAGCGCGCGAGUGGACUGGAGGGAGACGGCGGAGGCGCACGUGUUCAAAGCGGACCUUCCCGGGAUGAAGAAGGAAGAGGUGAAGGUGGAGAUAGAAGACGACAGUGUCCUCAAGAUAAGCGGAGAGCGACACGUGGAGGAGGACAAGAGCGACACGUGGCACCGCGUGGAGAGAUCGAGCGGAAAAUUCUCCCGGAGAUUCAGGCUGCCGGAGAACGUGAAGAUGGACCAGGUCCGGGCUUCAAUGGAGAACGGCGUGCUGACUGUGACGGUUCCUAAGGUUGAGACGAAGAACCCCGACGUCAAAUCCAUUCAAAUCUCUGGCUAAGCGCCUGAUUUGGUCGAUACGCUGCUCGAUUCUUCUACACUAUAUAUCUCUAUGUGUGUGUGUAUUGUUUCAGAUUCUGAUUCUGAUGCUUGUUCUUGUUCUUGUUCUGGUCUGGGUUUAGGGUUUCCGGGGAAAUUCAGUGUCUGAGAUGUGUGUCGGUCUCCGUUCCAAUGUCUGUGUGACAACAGAGACAUGUAUCUAAGUAAAUAUGUUCUGCAACAAAUUAUGACCCAACAGUCCGAUUUUCUGCUCUCCUCUCGGAU